CCCCCCGCCCCCCCGCCCCCGUUUGUUUUUGUUUUUUGCGUAAGGGCCAGCUCUCGGUUUGGACCUUCUUCCCAGGGUUUCCUUGCACUUCCUUCCCAGUCUCCUUUGCGCGACCUCUAUCUAAGCUCCAUUCUCUUGCAUUUAGCCUGCACCGAGCUCCCUGCGUGCACCACGCGCUGGCCGAGGCGCGUCAACCAGAAUCAACAUGUCUGGGAUUGAGGAAGGAGUUCUUGGGGGCCGUGACAGCCAUCCUUCUGCUGGUGGCAACUCUGUAUUAUGUUUUGGGCAGUGCCGAUACACAGCAGAAGAGUACCAGGCCAUCCAGAAUGCCCUGAGGCAGAGGCUUGGCCCAGAAUAUAUUAGUAGCCGCAUGGCUGGAGGAGGCCAGAAGGUAUGUUACAUUGAGGGUCACAGAGUAAUUAAUCUGGCCAACGAGAUGUUUGGUUACAAUGGCUGGGCACACUCCAUCACACAGCAGAAUGUGGAUUUUGUUGACCUCAACAAUGGCAAGUUCUACGUGGGAGUCUGUGCGUUUGUGAGAGUCCAGUUGAAGGAUGGCUCCUAUCAUGAAGAUGUGGGCUAUGGUGUUAGUGAGGGCCUCAAGUCAAAGGCCUUGUCCUUAGAGAAGGCAAGGAAGGAGGCAGUGACAGAUGGGUUGAAGCGAGCACUCAGGAGUUUUGGGAAUGCACUUGGAAAUUGUAUUCUGGACAAAGACUAUCUGAGGUCACUAAAUAAGCUUCCACGACAGAUGCCUCCUGAAGUGGAUUUAACUAAAGCAAAGAGACAAGAUUUUGAACCAUCCGUGGAACAGGCGAGAUAUAGCAGCUGCCAACAAAACAUGGCUCUGGUACCCCCAAAGCCACAGGAGGUGACCUCCCCUUGCAGACCAGGCCACUCAGAUGACCCCCACGUGGUGAUACAGGGGGCUAAGGACAGCAGCUCCCGAAGCGCGUCCUCUUCUGAUGUGGAGAGUGAGGCCACAUACCAGCGGAAGCUCCGGCAAAAGCAGUUGCAACAGCAGUUCCGGGAGCAAAUGGAGAAACAGCAGCAAGCAGCGCUGCCGGCCCCUCCUUUGAAGCACAGCACUCCUGUAACUGCUGCGCCAGAACCAUUCGCUGAGAGAGACUCCCUUGCAGACAACCUUGAAAUGUGGGAUUUGACUCCAGAUUUAGGGGACAUUAUGGAGCCCCUGCCUAACCCAGAACCACCCCAGACCACACCAGCCUUGAAGAACCAUGUGGUGACCCGGAACAGAACUCCACAAAUACUUUGCCUCCAGGAGCCACAGACUCACACGGAGCAACAUGUAACAGGUGUAGCAGCGAGAAAAGUGGUUAGGAACAAAAAUGGAAGGAAGGUCCUGGGUUUAAUUCUGUGAAUGUUAAAGGAAGGAUGACAGUUCACUUUUGAGGACUUGGAUGGAAUCGCUCCGGGGGAGUAAGCAGUGUUGAGUAAACGGAAGAUGAGUGAUUGAAGAGCCACAACUUCUCCUUUGGGGCCCUGACUUCAGAUGCAGUUCUUCUAGCUCUUGGUAGUAGCAGCAGCUCACCUGUGACCGCCUCAGGGGCUUUAGCUACUGAAAGGAAGUCCAUCAGGACUAGGGUUGUCACUUGGUCCAGGGUUAACAAAGGGAUUUGCCCUCAUAACAGUAACUCAAAUUUCCAUUCCUGGGUCUUUAUUCAAAGUUAGGAUAGUUAAUCCAAAUCAGAAAUUACCAUCAGUUUAGUCCUUAUUUUAAGAUCAUAGCAGCUAUAUUCUAACCACUUUAUCUUCCACAGGAGACUUUGAGUCUUAUAGGAAGAGCCAGGACAUGAAGAAAAGGAAAUUGGAUCCAAUUUAGCAGAGUCUCAAGUCACAUCACUGGACUCUGUCAUAAAGGGACUUUGGAAACCUACUUUUUGGUCAUGAAAUUGUUCAUCAUUCCUAGGGAAUGAGCUUUAUUUCCAAGGAUUUACCUUGCUUCCUUCUGAACUUUAUCUAGAAGAGGAUUUGACUGUUGGAGCCUACGGCAGAUAGAGCUGAGCAAUUACAGAACCAACAGUGUAAAAAAGCUUGUCAUACACUGCAGCGGGCAGGCUCUGGACAGGAUAGAAUACCUUUUCUUUGGCAUGAGGCUUUUCAUUAUUUAUUCCUAAGCUAUUAUGUUAAUAAAGAUAGAAAUUUUAGGAAUCACCGAUGACUGCCUGCCCUCAAGCAAUAUGGGCCAUACUAAGCACUAGCUUUAAUAAUUGCCUGUGUUAAAUUAUUGUCUUAUCUGCCUUCUUUCCCUUAAUGUUCCCCCAUGAGUACUGAGUAUGCUAAGAACAAAGGCUACGGUGGUACUUUACUACCCAUCUAAGCUGAUCUCCCAUUUUUAGGUUAAUGAAAUCCCUGCCCUGCAUUCUUUCAAGAGCAACAUUUUUUAUAAGAUCAAGGGAAUAACGAUCUAAGAUCAAGGAAAAGGCAUUUUAAGAAAGUCCAAGAAAUCCUUUGCUUUGUAGUAGAAAAUAUAGUAGCUGACUAUAUUUUCUCAGUUCUGACAUGAGCUAUAUAGCUCACCUUAACAUAAACUGGUUUUUCAUGAUGUUUAAGAGUUCCUUCCCCAAAUGAUGACUUUGCAGUUUUACCUUUUAGGUGCAUUUUGGGUCGUACAUUUUAUCUAACCUUAAAGCAGUAUUUUUUUUUCGGAUCACAGACCCAUUUGUGGUUAGCUGUGAACUUGAGGUGAGGAAGUCUACCAUUUGCAGUCUUCUUUUGGAAUACGAAGAGGAGCAGCUUCCUCCAGUUUCCUCUCCUUCUAAAAGCUUUCACCUUAUCUGUUGUUGCAUGGAUUUGGUUAGUAUUUAUCUUUUGAUUUUUAUGUCCAUACUGCUUUUUCCUCAGGAAAAAUAUCAUUCUCUUGUCUGUAGCAUAAUCUUAGUUCAGAGCAGAAUUGGUGCUUAAAAAAGGUUCUGGGAAUUAGGAGUCCAGUUAUAAAUUGCAUACAUCUCAAAAUACGGCCAGCGAGGACAUGCAAAAGGAAUUUGCUGGAAAUGAAACCACACAGCUCAACAAAAGCAAGUUUGGUUUAUUUGAAUGGUUUCAUUAAAUAAGUCUACAAAGGUAACAAACUGAAGCACAAAGCGCAAUCUUACAAGAAGCGCAACACCCAGAGUUAGUGCAAAAUGUACAAUUAACGGCCGCUGAGAAACCCCCAAGGUUUGAAUUAAUUUUUUUUUUUUUUUCUUUUAAACAGUGUACAUUGUUAAAUAAUGUAAGGAAAACAUUUAUAAUUCAGAUUUUUUUUUUAAACGUGGAAAAAGAUACUCAAAGUGUACUAUUAACAUAAAAAUAAUUUAAACAGUUCAGUAGCACUAGUUCAUUCCUCUAGGCUUCAGUUAUUUCAUCCACAGGAGGGAAAAAAAUCAACAGUAAAUAAAACCAGUUCUUAUCUUUUUGUGUGUGAGUGAAGAGAUCUCAAAAUUAUUAAAGCAAGAUAAUGAAACAACAAUGUGCUGCAUUUGGCUCCCUCGUUCCUCUGGUGGAAAGUAUUGUUUCACUCCUCUUAGGUGGUCCAUUUCUCAUUUAUAUGGCACCUUCUUUGUUCUAUCCUCACUCUUAACCCUCUCCCCAAGAAUUACAGGAGGAGAAAAAAAUAAACAAUUUUAAAAGGAGGGCUUAGAACCCCUGCCCUUUUCAUUUCUACUUUUCCUAAAACCUUCAGCUUUCAUCUUCCAUCUUUGGGGCCUAGCUAACUUAAAGAAAACAGGGCCCAUAUAAAUAGGAACAAACAGGAUUCAGAUGGCCCCCAGGCUCUUCCUGUUUUUGUGGUGAUUCCUGGGAUGUGCCAUUGAGAUGGGUAAGAGGUUGGAAAUAUGUCAAUUUCCCAACUAAGUCAAGAGAAGAAGCACCCCCAAAAUUAAGAGUCCUAGCUUCUUUCCCCAUCUUCAGAGACAAUAAAGAUCCCAAACAUAGCCAAUUAGGAGAGUAUUUCCUGAAAGCUUUGUAAAUAACAGAACUGUCCAUCAUUAGGCAUAGCACUAAAUAAUACUGGUUGGUUGCAGUUAUAUUAAGGGAAAUAUUUAUAUGAAAAUGUGAGACUAUCGGUUGCAAUUCUGGAAAUAUUAAAGGUGGCACAAUAGGUGAUAAAACUGCAACCAUUUGGGCAUCAUAUAGUAAAUGGGUAGGAAUAAGCAGUCUUUCCUACAAUUCUUAAUUCAGAUGUGGGUCUACUUUCCACAGAAGAUAGUACCCCAAGCUGAGAAAUGCAUGGUACACGUGCAACAACAGGAAAGCAAUCCAAACAGUUUUUCUUAGAGCAACUUUCUCCAUCUAUGACUUUUCACUAUCACAUUUCUCAACUUAAAAACCAGCCCACCCCCCUUCAUAUUCAGUCAUUUCUUCUAGGUCUCUCUCAUCUGUUCAAGCCCAGCUCAAAUAAGUGAGGCGUACGGCGAUCAUUGGCCAGGCAUCAUGUAUCUUCGAAACUAGUUUGUUCCCCCAUUCUCUAGUCUUUCUUUUUCUUUCACUUAGCACACACCACCUUUAUCUGUUAAAACUGCCCAUUUUAACACCUGUCCUCACUGUUCCCAAAAUAGAACUUUCUGCUUUCAACCACUGAUGCCAACUUAACUCCUCAUCCUGCUCAUCUUACACCUGCUCAAGACAAAAUUGUUGAAUGACUUAAAAAAAAAAAAACAAACUCUCAAUUUCCCUUUGGCAUAU